AUGGGAUUGGGAGGUGAAGCUGAAAAGGUGGAAUCCUGGGAUUUGGAGAAAUCAAAGGGUAAGAAGAAGAAUAAGAAAGAUGGUUCUUUGGAUACUGGAUGCUGGACUAAGUUCAGGUUUAUUGGCAGCUGUAUUUCUUCAAGAUCUAAAGUGGACAGCUCAAUCAGUGGCAUGAGUACCCACUAUGAAUGUAAAUCUGCGAAUGACAAUAGUCGAGAUCAACCAGCCACUGCAAUAAUAUCUUCAACUGCCACCAGUACAGCUGAAAGUAAUUCAUCCACAUCAAAACUUGAAGAGGAGCUAAAAGUUGCUUCUAGGCUUCGAAAAUUUACAUUUAAUGAUUUGAAGCUUGCGACCAGAAAUUUUAGGCCAGAGUCUCUUCUUGGUGAAGGAGGUUUUGGUUGUGUAUUCAAAGGAUGGAUUGAAGAGAAUGGAACUGCGCCAGUUAAACCUGGGACGGGGUUAACUGUUGCUGUCAAGACUCUUAAUCAUGAUGGGCUUCAGGGUCACAAAGAGUGGCUGGCUGAAGUCAGUUUCCUUGGUGAUCUCAUUCAUCCUAAUUUGGUUAAAUUGAUUGGUUACUGUAUUGAAGAUGAUCAAAGGUUGCUGGUGUAUGAGUUUAUGCCUAGGGGAAGCUUGGAAAAUCACCUGUUUAGGAGGUCCUUGCCUCUUCCAUGGUCUAUCAGGAUGAAGAUUGCUCUUGGUGCUGCAAAAGGUCUUGCAUUCCUUCAUGAGGAAGCCGAGAGGCCCGUUAUAUAUCGUGAUUUUAAGACCUCAAACAUUCUGUUGGACGCGGAUUACAACGCCAAACUCUCUGAUUUUGGACUUGCCAAGGAUGGUCCCGAAGGAGAUAAGACUCAUGUCUCUACGCGUGUCAUGGGGACAUAUGGUUAUGCGGCCCCAGAAUAUGUAAUGACAGGGCAUCUUACGUCAAAGAGUGAUGUCUACAGUUUUGGUGUUGUUUUACUUGAAAUGCUGACCGGUAGGAGAUCCAUGGACAAGAAUCGGCCAAAUGGGGAGCAUAAUUUGGUAGAAUGGGCAAGGCCUCACCUGGGUGAGAGAAGAAGAUUCUAUCGGCUAAUAGACCCCAGGCUCGAAGGCCAUUUUUCUAUUAAAGGAGCGCAGAAGGCUGCUCAAUUGGCUGCUCGGUGCCUUAGCCGAGAUCCAAAAGUCAGGCCGCUUAUGAGUGAAGUUGUGGAAGCCUUGAGACCUCUGCCUGCCCUGAAGGAUAUGGCUAGCUCUUCCUUCUACUUCCAGACAAUGCAAGCUGACCGUGUUGGAUCCAGUCCAAAUACCAGAAACGGAAUACGGUCACAUGCUGCAUCAUUUUCAAGGAAUGGACAACAUCCCAGAAGCCUUUCAAUACCGAACGGUUCUCAUGCGUCUCCAUAUCAUAGUCAGUUCCCUCAAAACUCACCAAAACCAAACGGUAAACAAUAG